UUCUCACGCCAAAUUUGCAUUUCUUUAUUUGAAAGAUACGCUUGGUUAAUUAAAGCAACACCAAGUUCACCCAAACAGUUCACAAGUAUUGCGACAAAGAAGCUUUCAAACUUCACUGAAGUGGAUAGCUCAAUAGAGUGCAACAAUGAAAUGCUUUUAAUUGCCCAUGCAAGACAUGCAGACAUCUGAAAUAAAACGCUCUGUAAAUGAGAGCAGCUGGGGUUAUUCGUUCAUGUGUACAACAAUAAAAAUAUGCAAACGAAGCUAUUAACGAGGAUAAAACAUAACUAGCCGGCCUCUAAUGGAAGUUUCCGGGCGCUCUGAGGAUCGCAACAAGCUAAAAACAUCCUUCAUACGCGAAAACAAUACUAACGAACUCUUAAAAGUUAAAAAAAACUCUUGACCGGUAACUAAUUUUCAUUAUUUAGGUCAUGGUUUGUCGCAUAGUUUCAAACGGUUUCUUAUUUAAAUUACGUCACUAUUUCAUCAAAGUCGUGAAGUCUGAACAUUUCGACGACGUAAUGAGCUGUUUGCGACGGCGGUUCUGUUACCAACUAUCUCCUUUCCUCGUAAAUAUUGAUUGAGUUAGCUUCGUUGUUGUCUCUUACCAGAUAGUGCGCAGUUAAUUAAAGUCCAUUCGUACUUAACAGGUCAACGAAAUAACUCUUGUUGACAUGAUGAGUAACGCAGGAAUUUCAAGAGCAAAGACAACUGGGGAACACACAUUUGUCAGUUCACGGGCUAGAACGCUUCAACCACAAGCAAAUCGACCAAUGCUGUGCACAACAGAUGAUCUUCACCGAUGUCUGUACAAGCGCGAUGAAGUAAUCGUUGUGAGCAAGGAAGAUUUUAGAACUUCCCUUCAACACAAAGAAGAAGUCCACAGCUACUGGUGCAAAGGAUGCCGCCAAGAGCGCACUGAGCAGUGUCAAUUGCACGGUCCUCAUCAAACAUUUAAACUAACAAGGACGGUAAACAACAAUAACAACAUAAACAACAGCGCCGUGGGAUUACCAAGCGCAGUGGAGUCGUUUCCAAAUGAAGUGGGCCUGUGUAUAUCAGGUAUUCCUGGGGUGGGGUACGGUGUUUGCGCUAAUCAGACUAUUCCACUGGGCACGUGGAUUGGACCAUAUGAGGGGGAACUGGUACGACCUGAAGAGGUGCUGUCUGGAACAGAUACCUCGUACAUGUGGGAGAUAUUUCAUGAAGGACAGUUACUUUACUACAUUGAUGGACGCGAUGAAAACAAAUCAAGUUGGAUGAGAUACAUUCGCUGCGCACGACACAGAGGCGAACAAAACAUGUUUGCAUUCCAGUAUUGCGGUCACAUCUACUACCGAGCCUUCCAGGACAUCCCCGCCACGACAGAACUGCUGGUUUGGUAUGACGAUAAGUACCCGCAGUAUAUGGGCAUCCCGCUGGAAAUAUGCGAAACGUCCCCCCACAACCCUGUUGAUCCGAGACAGCACCCUGAAAUGGUAGUCGUUGUACCCCACGACACUUCUAACCCAGGGACCUCUUAUUCACACCUGCCUUCGUCCAGGCCCCUGGUAGAUAAUCUACAAUCUUUACCCAGCCCUCGCUCGACACAAGUCAGGCUCUCGCCAUCAUCACGCGAUCACUUACGUGAUCGGUCACUCAAUGCGUCGCAUAUCAUGCGAAACUUGACUCGAACUGUUUAUCAAGGAAGUGAAACUUUGCGUGCAACUUUACCAACAGAGGGUCACAAACGUGCGCGCCACGCUUCAUGGGUGAACGAUGGAGCACCUUUACAAUUCAGUGCGCCAGUGACUGAUAAUUCUGUUUCUUUUUCGGAAGAUCUCCGCUUCACACGUGAAAACCAAGCUGUAUCUUUUGGACAAAGAAGUGGCAUUACGCGUAACACGCAGACGAAUGGUCAUCAUGACGUCACAUCUUCUAAGGAACUGCAUGCUACGAACACAAUGGUUCCGCUGACAACAGCUGAAAAGAGGCAGUCAAGAUCUGGAGAUGAAGAACGUAAUAGUUCAGAUGGUUCGGAUGCAAACUGUGGACAGUGCGGCAGGUCAUUCGCCCAGCGCUCAGUUCUUCAGAUUCAUGUCUGUCCCAACAGGCCGCACAAACCCUAUCACUGUGGUCACUGUAAUCAGUCCUUUGACAAUCCAAACGAGCUGCGCACGCAUGCUGUCAUUCACGUUGGCGAGAAACCAUUCAAGUGCGGCUAUUGUGAUCGAUCAUUCGCGGGAGCAACGACUCUUCACAACCACGUGCGCACGCACACUGGCGAAAAACCAUUUACAUGCGAGAGAUGCGGAAAGAAUUUUACCCAGGCCUCACAGCUACAUAAGCACGAGGGACUACCGGGAGACUGUGUUCCAUACGAAGGCCUGCCUGAGUAGAAGGUCUAAGACAUUCGGACUGAAGAGAAAAACCUCAAUAAACCGACAACCAAAGAACAAUGCGAACCUGCCAGCUAGAGCCAGUCAUACAGGAAGCCGAUUUGAAGUCGAUUUUAAUGACAAGGGACUUGUCUCUAUAGAAAUUUAUAUAGUUAAAAGUUUUAAAAGAGAGCACCGAUGCUUUGGCUUUUAUUUAAGCUUUGCUUAGCGAUAAGAUGUGUGUGAACAACGAUAAACGAUACCUAACAAUAUAAAUACAACCCAAGCAUUUCAAUGUUAUCUAUUCUACUUGUGUUAAAUUCUCCAGCCUUAAUAAAUGCCACUAUGAUUAUUACAUAAGAAAUACAAAUUGUCCAGGUCUGGCAUGAUUUACAAUUAGCAUACGCCUGGUGGCUUAGAGGAGGGUACUCGAGAGUAAACUAACAGGGAGGUACAAGGGAGAACUUUGUGAGUAUGGGACUGGCAAUUUUUAAAAGUUUUGUAUUUUCUGGAACAAAGUUUUGUCGGUAUUUUUGGUGCAUGACACUUAAAAUGUUAAACGGGGUGUUCGCCAGGGCGACCCACUCUCGCCAUCUCUUUUCAUAAUAGUACUCGAAUUAUGACACUUAAUAUUUUGUUUUUAGGUUUAGUUUAACAUUAACGUCCUUUAUGAAGUUAUUUAUGAUGGUUCUGAUGAGGUAGUUCAAUUAAAAAGUUGACAGGGGUUUCGCUUUAUAUAUAUAUUUUGCGUAUUUGAAAUCACGGUUGCAUUCCCUUGUUCAAAUUUUAAAACAAUUAGAUUACGAGCUCGAGAUUUCU